AGCCCCCUAUCGGCCCCAUAGCCCCCCAUUGAAGGGCCAUGUUCCUGGUCAAGGGGCUGCUGAGUGGGGGGGGCGGAGGCGGAGGAGGGGGGGGGCUCCCCGGGGGGCUUGGCCCAAUGCUGGGGGGGCUCCUGAGCGGGGGGGGCGGAGGAGGCGCUGGGGGGGCCAUGAGGGUCCUGGGGGGCGUCAUCAGCGCCAUCAGUGAAGCAGCCGCUCAGUACAACCCCGAGCCCCCCCCCCCCCGGACCCACAUCUCCACCGUGGACGCCAAUGAGAGCGAGGAGGUGCGGCAGUUCCGGAGGCUCUUCGUGCAGCUCGCCGGGGACGACAUGGAGGUCAGCCCCACAGAGCUCAUGAACAUCCUCAACAAGGUCGUCACGCGCCACCCUGACCUGAAGACCGACGGCUUCGGCCUCGACACGUGCCGCAGCAUGGUGGCUGUGAUGGAUAGUGACACCACCGGGAAGUUGGGCUUUGAGGAGUUCAAAUACCUCUGGAACAACAUCAAGAGGUGGCAGGGUAUCUAUAGGGCGUUCGACACCGACCGCUCGGGGACCAUUGGGGUGCAGGAGCUGCCGGGGGCCUUCGAGGCUGCAGGUAUGGGGCGGGCCCCAUAG